CCGGUGCUCUCAGCCUACCAGCAGCAACAAAAAAACAGCGACAGCGAGCGCAUCAAGCACGCACGCAGAGCAGCAGUCCAGGGCCAGGCGGUGCCAGAGACACCACCCCCCACCCCACCACACCCCAUCCGGCCGGCGCCUCGCCUCCACCUCCGAAAGCCGCGAGCUUGUCCGCCGGGGCUUUCGGGAGAGAGGAGUGGUUUCCGGUGGCGUAGGAAGUUGGGUGGCCGUGCCAUCGCCUUCCGGAAGCCUUGGAAGAGGGUUCUUGAGGGGUUUUAGGAGGAGGACAAGCUUGGUGCCGAAGUCAAAUGCGAGCGGAGUGAUGUGGCCUAUGGAGGAGGAGAUGUUCGUGGCGGUGAGGCGGACGGAGCACGUCGAGGUCACCUCCCGAGCGGUGGAGGUGGCGCCGGCGGCGGCCAAGGGGAGGGAAGCGGCGGCGGGCUCCGCCGUUCCGGGGCCCAGGACUGUGCGCGUCUUCUGCGACGACUACGACGCGACCGACUCGUCCAGCGACGAGGCGGAGGAGGACGCCGUCGCGCGGAGGAGGGUGAAGCGCUACGUGCAGGAGAUCCGCCUGGAGCGGGCGGUGAAGGAGGAGGCCCCGGCCGGGAGGGCCGGGGCGUCCUCGGCUGCCGCGAUGGCGGGCGCGGCUGGGGAGAGGACCACCACCAGGCUGGUCCUCCCCGGGCGGAAGAGGAAGUCCGACGGCGCCGCGGCGGAACCCCGGUUCCGUGGCGUGCGGCGUCGGCCGUGGGGCAAGUACGCGGCGGAGAUCCGCGACCCGUGGCGGCGGGUACGGGUGUGGCUCGGCACGUUCGACACCGCCGAGGAGGCCGCCAAGGUGUACGAUUCGGCCGCCAUCCAGCUGCGCGGGGCCGACGCCACCACCAACUUCGAGCAGGUGGACGACGCGCCGGUCCCCGUCCCCGACGAGGUCGCCGAGCGCCUCCCGCAGCCGCCGGCGACGGCCUCGGCACCAGCACCGGCGGCGUCCAAGAACGCCUCCUCGUCCGCCACCUCGUACGACUCCGGCGAGGAGUCCCACGCGGCGGCGGCCUCCCCGACCUCCGUGCUCCGCUCAUUCCCGCCCUCCGCUGUCGCCGACGACACCUGCACCAAGGCGGCCGCCAAGAAACCGACGACUUCUCCGGCACCGGCAAUCCCAGCAGCGUCGGCCCCAGAGACCGACGAGUCAACCGGCGGCGGCACCAGCAGCGUGUUCGGCUGCCCGUUCUCCUCCGCCGACGACUGUUUCGGCGGCGAGUUCCCGCCUCUCUACACCGACUUCGACCUGCUCGCGGACUUCCCGGAGCCAUCGCUUGACUUCCUCGCGGACAUCCCCGAGGAGCCGCUGUCGCUGGCGCCGUCGAUCCCCGCGGGGAGCCCCGAGGAGUGGCCGUCCGACGCGGAGCCGGCGUCGCCGGGGAGGUGGCAGCAGGUGGACGACUUCUUCCAAGACAUCACCGACCUGUUCCAGAUCGACCCGCUUCCCGUCGUCUAGCUCUCCCGCCUGCCCCGCCAACUCUCUCUCUCUCUCUGCGCACCGGAUUCGCCUAGCUAGUCCGGCCAAUUUUGUUUCCGUUCUUGUUGUUUUUAUUUUCUAGUUGCUGUAUUCUUUUUUAGCGUAAGUUGAGAUAAAGAAGUGUCCGGCUCGGCAGCGUAGUGUUGUGGCCGCCGGCGCCGCCACUGCUGCCAUGUGUGCCGGGCACCAUCCCCCCGCCAAGGAGGAAGAAGAAGUGAGUCCUUGGCCGGGUUACCGAGUUAUCAGUAAUCGGCGAGAAUUAAUGAAGCUAUGAGUAAUUAGCGAUUCGUUUGCUCA